UAAAGUGAAUUAUCUAUGCGUGUGAGCAGACCAUAUCAUUUAUCACUACUGCCACUACUUCUUCCCCAAAAUGGAUAUGAGAAAGGAAAACGUCAGUAAGAAGAGGAAGCUCAGCCAUGUAGUAGCAGAGAACUACAACAACAACAACAACGAUGAUGAUGACGGCAACGAAGAAGAACAGAAAAUAGAGAAGUUUUAUGCUCUCAUCAGAAGCAUGAGAGAGGCUCGUGACCGUUUGAUCAAGGGACCCACCUCAUCAGACGAUCAAGCAACACGUACUGAUCAUCAUCUUCUUCAGGCAGAGAAUAUGAAGCCUAAUUCUCAAUCUUGGAAGCCUUCGUUUGAACGUGAAGACUUCAUACCUAGUAAUGCUAAUAAUGACCGAGAGGUUCUUACGUCUAAUUUCAAGGUCCCUAAGGCUAAGCGAAGUUCCCUCACUACUACUUUUCUUGGAACUUCUUCUUCGUCUACUGCCAAAAUUUGCAGCCGUGAUUCUGCACCUGAUCAUGAUCUUCAUCAUCAAAACCAAGUUCGUCACACAAACAAUGUUCAAAACCAAGUUCGUCACACAAACAAUGUUAGUUCCAAAGGGCCCUUAGAUCUUAGCCUUUCUUUAUAGCGUUUCAUAUAUAUAUAUAUAUAUAUAUAUGUAGUAUUGCUCCGAUUCGUACGAAUUAUGUUUGUAUGAAUGUUUUAUUAUUAAUGCCUUGCUUUGCAUGAGUCAGACGAGUAGACAGUAUUAGAGAUUGCCAGACUUAUUACUUAAUAUCGAUGUAUAAUUAAUUAAUUUCUUGGUUAUAUGUCCAUGCAGAUGCAGGGAUUAAAUUAAGGGUUUUUUUU